CUGUCUAAAAAUAAAACUCGAUUUUAGAGUCUCGGGAGGGGAGAACUCUUACUAACUACAGAUCAUGGUUGCCGUUAUCCUCCCGAGCCUUUUAUUGUGUGCGGUGCGCUGCCCUGUGGGACUGUGAGCUGGGGGGGUGGGUUGGUUGGGAGGUGGUGUUUGAGGUGGGAAUCGGAUGAUUUUAUUUUUUUAUUUUAUUUUUAUUUUGCUUGUCGCCCGAGGGACCUGGGGAGUGAAGGAGGGGCAGGAGGAGGAGGACGAGAGAGCGGAGAAUUCGUGAGAUCUGAGGUUUGGAAGAAAGGGGAGCUUUCUCGAAAGCGAAGUUUCAGGCGGUGGGAGACAGAUAGGCAGGAUGAUGGGCUCCCGACCGAGCCGGUGAGGGUUGGCAUCCGCUGGCGAAUAUCCAGCAGGAACGGGCUUUGAAUCUCGGGAGGUCAGUUAUCCCACCACAGGAAACAUUCCCAAAGGAACAUAUGGGCUGAAGGAAAGACCUACAACCUGAACUGUGCUAGCCUUUCAACAUGACCGCCAUGCUCCCACAAGGAGCACUGCCUUGGGGAAGGGUGUGUCGUUUGUCCAGCCCAGUGGUGCAAUGCCUGGCCUUGAUAGUGGUGACAUUUGGAGUGCUGGUUCCUCUGACUUGCCAGCAGCUCCUUCAUUCCUAUUUUUACAUGCGAUUCUGGUACCUGAACCCUAUGAGUCAAGAUUUCCUACAGCAGAACCAAGAGGAUGGCCUGACUGCCCUCCAUUACUUUGAGAGGCUGCAGGCCCCCAACAAGUCAGAGAUGUUAGCUGGCCAGACCUCACCACCAUGGCUACUGAUCACCAUCAUCACCAUACAGAGGCAACCAGAGUUCCACUAUGUCCUUCAGGUGGCUGCCCACUUCCACCGCCUCCUUCAGGAAUGUGGCUCUUCUUGUCAGCGCCACCAGAUUGUCCUCUGCAAUGUGGAAACGGAUCCCAGCAGCCAUCAGGAUGCUCAACUGCUUGCUAAGUUCUUUGCUGUGGUGGACCGAUCUGGCAGUAGCCAUCAGAAUUUGGACCACCUGUUGAACCGCUUUGAAAAGGAGAAGCGGGACUAUGCCUAUUGUCUUGAGAAGUCACUCCAGAUUUACAAGCCAGAGUACGUGUUACUGGUGGAAGAUGAUGCUGUACCAGAAGAGGAGAUCUUUCCGGUGCUACAUCACUUGUUACAGAGGCGUUUCUCCAAGCCCCAUCUCCAGAAUGCCCUUUAUGUGAAACUCUACCAUCCUGAGAGACUCCAGCGUUAUAUUAACCCAGAGCCCAUGAGGAUCCUGGAGUGGCUUGGAGUAGGCAUGUUGUGGGGGCCGCUUCUGGCCUUGGUAUAUGCAUGGACAACCAAUCGCUCCAGCCUCAGUUGGCCGAUGGUGCUGUUUUUUGCCCUCUAUAGCAUGCUGCUGGUAGAACUGGUGGGACGCCAUUACUUUUUGGAGCUUCGCCGCGUGGCCCCUCCACUCUAUAACAUUAUGCCUGUGACAGAGUGCUGUACUCCUGCCAUGCUGUUUUCUGCCCCUUCUGCUAACCGUGUCUUGGGUUACCUGAAAGGACAACAGUGUUACCGUGGCUUCGCCAAAGACACUGCCCUUUACUCUCUACUACGCCUGAAGGGAGAGCGGGCAUUUGUGGUGGAACCCAACUUGGUCCGCCAUGUGGGGAUGUUUUCUAGUGUCAGGCUCAGUGAAAACCCAAAACUUCUUUGAUACUUUUUGGCUCAGGAAGAACAGAAGCAGAAUAACAGAGCAGUCCCAGUGCAGCGUCCGUACCACUUUUGACUGUAAACUGGUGGUUGCUGGUUCAAAUGCUCUACACACAAUUCUCAACACACACAAAACUGGGCUGUUCAGAAGUUUCCCAUUGCCUUUUCACUGAAGUACUAGCUUAUUGGAGGAUAAGCUAGCAGGUUGGGGGAGUAUACAGGGCUAGAGUGGGCUACUGGUGGCCCUCCAGUUCUUGUUGAACUGCAACUCCCACCAACAGCUAUGAAAGCUGGAGCUGAUGGGGCUGAAGUUCAGCAACCUCUAGGCAGCCACAAGAGGCCAACAGUGCCUGAUCUAAGGGUACAGGUAGGCGGCAGAAAGACGUGAAGUCUGUUUUGCAGCAUCAAACCGUGCAUCCAAAAAAAGCUCCAUCUUUUACAGAUAAUGAACAAGAAUUCACAAAGUGCUUGGAAAUUUGUUUAUUUCAAAGAUACGCAAGUGAAACCAUUUUUUGGAUCACUUUCCCUUUGCUGAGAUGCACUUACUGUCAUUUUUUACAAGUGAAUUAUUUAAUAACUGCCUUAGUCUUUCUCAAAGACAGAUAGUCCUUUUCAGGGGAAAGAGGGUUUGUUCCAAUCCCAACAUCUGUUGAGCAUCUUGCAUUGUAUUGGUGUCUAUUGUAUGGCGUGGAUUUGCUUGUGUGUAGUGUGUUUUUUUAAAAAAAAAAAAAACAUGGUGCAGGCCUCUCCAGGGAAUACAUCAGUUUAGAGUGCAAGUGAGAGUGGCUGAUUCAAGCUGCAAAAUCCCCCAGUGUGUGGACCUCAGUACCACAGGAGGAAUACACAGUUUGACCACAGUGAGAAUUCAGUGUUCAGCUGGGCGGCCUUUCUAGACUUUCUGGUGCAGCCCUUCUCACCUCCCGAAAGCUAGC